GGCCGAGUCCAUGACCAAAUUGGUGACAUUGGUGACAAUCUUCUCAGGUUGAGUUCUUCGGUGUAAGCUAAGCUAUACUCACUCGCAACAUUCUGAUAGCUAAUACUUGCUUGGCGAAUAAAAAUCUCUACCGAGGAUGAAGAGCCUUUGCGGGGCUUCCAAAGAUGAUAAAUUCGUAGAAUUUUGGAAGAGAGAGAUUGGCUUAUCGGUCUCCAGAACUUUCUCUCGCCGAAUCGCGGCUUCCGAGGGUGUGGUGAAACAACUUGAUUUGUAUGGAAAAUUAAAAGGUCAUCAGGGAUGUGUUAACACAAUCAGUUUCAACUCACUUGGCGACACUCUGGUGUCUGGCUCGGAUGACAAACAAGUAAUUUUGUGGGACUGGGCAACAAAGACAUCAAAAUUAUCAUAUCCAUCAGGCCACUUUGAUAACAUCUUCCAGGCCAAGUUCAUGCCAUUCACCGAUGAUCGUAACAUUAUCACUUCAUCUGCUGAUGGCCAGGUUAGGCUUGGCCAAGUGUUAGAGAAUGGUGAUGUAGACACAAAGAGGCUGGCAAAGCACGGAGGUCGAGUACACAGUCUUGCUGUGGAACCGGGAAGCCCAUACAUAUUUUACAGUUGUGGUGAAGAUGGGUUCGUUCAACAUUACGACCUUCGAAGCAAUUCUGUCAAAAAGCUCUUUCGUUGCUCACCGUUAGUAGGAAACAACAAACAGUCCUCAAAUGAUAGCAUACGGUUGAACGCUAUUGUUAUUGACCCGCGGAAUCCCAAUUUUUUCGCUGUGGGAGGCUCUGAUGAAUUUGCACGUGUAUAUGACAUCAGAAAAUGUCAGUCGCAUGCAAAGACUACCAAUCCUUUAAAUGCAUUUUGCCCUCGUCAUCUCAUCCAGACAAAUGAUUUUCAUGUAACGGCAUUGGCGUACUCUAACACAAGUGAAUUGCUCGUCUCCUACAACGACGAACUGAUAUAUCUGUUCCAGAAGAACAUGGGGUUGGGUCCUGAUCCUCCUUUAUCUGCGACACGUGAAGAUAAAAGUAGCAUUGAAGAGCCUAUGGUUUAUUCAGGGCAUAGGAAUUUGCGGACAAUCAAAGGAGUGAAUUUCUUUGGCCCAAAUGAUGAAUAUGUUAUUAGUGGGUCCGACUGUGGUCACAUAUUUAUGUGGAAGAAGAAGGGAGGAGAGCUUGUCCGUCUGAUGAAAGGUGAUAAGGACAUAGUAAAUCAGCUUGAGUCUCAUCCCCAUAUUUCUCUUCUUGCUACCUCUGGGUUAGAAAAGAGUAUUAAGCUGUGGGCUCCCUCAUCAAAGGACAUAACUCCAUUGCCAUGUAAUUUUCAAGAGAUAAUGGAUGCCAAUAAGCAAGGCAGAGAGGGCCCUUCGCUGGUCACACUUACCCCUGACAUGAUAUUGCAUAUUUUGCAUUUGAGUAGGAUGCAAGCAAUGCCUUUUCUCGAGGAACACUAUGAGAGAGGGGAGGCUGCGGAGAGUGAAGAAGAAGGUGGAGGUGGUGAUGAUGCUAUUGAUUUUGGAUAUUCUGAAGAUGAUGAUUCCGAGGAAGGAGGGAAUUCCAUAGAGUGUGACGUCGGCUAGAUCAAUGGGUUUAAUUAUAUAGUUUAUGUAAGCAUUAUAUUUGAAAGCAACAAAUAGUUGCAUGGUUUUCCUGUAUAUUUUCUUACCUUCCUAAAAUGAAUGUCUAUUAUUAUGAUUUAUGAUCAUAGUCAUCUUCCUCCAGUUCCGACGCAUUCAUCC